GGCCCGGGAGCGCGCGGGUUGAUUCGUCCUUCCUCGGCCGCGGGUGCUCGCUGCUCGGAAAUGGCGGGAUUUGGUGCUAUGGAAAAAUUUUUAGUAGAAUACAAGAGCGCAGUGGAGAAGAAACUGGCAGAGUACAAAUGUAACACCAACACAGCAAUCGAGCUGAAGUUAGUUCGUUUUCCUGAAGAUCUUGAGAAUGACAUUAGAACUUUCUUUCCUGAAUAUACCCAUCAGCUUUUUGGGGAUGAUGAAACUGCCUUUGGUUACAAAGGGCUGAAGAUCUUGUUAUAUUAUAUUGCUGGCAGCCUGUCAACAAUGUUCCGUGUUGAAUAUGCAUCUAAAGUAGAUGAAAACUUUGACUGUGUGGAGGCAGAUGAUGUUGAAGGCAAAAUUAGACAAAUCAUUCCUCCUGGAUUUUGCACAAACACAAGUGAUUUUCUUUCUUUGCUGGAAAAAGAAGCUGAUUUCAAACCAUUUGGAACCUUACUGCAUACAUACUCGGUUCUCAGUCCCACAGGAGAAAACUUUACAUUUCAGAUCUAUAAGGCUGACAUGACAUGUACAGGCUUUCGAGAAUAUCAUGAAAGGCUUCAGACCUUUUUGAUGUGGUUUAUUGAAACUGCUAGCUUUAUUGACGUGGAUGAUGAAAGAUGGCACUACUUUCUAGUAUUUGAGAAGUAUAAUAAGGAUGGAGCUACGCUCUUUGCGACUGUAGGCUACAUGACAGUCUAUAAUUACUAUGUGUACCCAGACAAAACCCGGCCACGUGUAAGUCAGAUGCUGAUAUUGACUCCAUUUCAAGGUCAAGGCCAUGGUGCUCAACUUCUUGAAACAGUUCAUAGAUACUACAUUUCGUCUCCUUCAGUUCUUGAUAUUACAGCGGAAGAUCCAUCCAGAAGCUAUGUGAAAUUACGAGAUUUUGUGCUUGUGAAGCUUUGUCAAGAUUUGCCAUGUUUUUCCCGGGAAAAAUUAAUGCAAGGAUUCAGUGAAGAUAUGGCUAUAGAGGCACAACAAAAGUUCAAAAUAAAUAAGCAACAUGCUAGACGAGUAUAUGAAAUUCUUCGACUCCUUGUGACUGACAUGAGUGAUGCUGAACAAUAUAGGAGCUAUAGAUUGGAUAUUAAAAGAAGACUAAUUAGCCCAUAUAAGAAAAAGCAGAGAGAUCUUGCUAAGAUGAGAAAAUGUCUCAGGCCAGAAGAACUGACAAACCAGAUGAACCAAAUUGAAAUAAGUAUGCAACAUGAGCAGCUGGAAGAAAGCUUUCAGGAGCUGGUGGAAGAUUACCGACGUGUUAUUGAGCGGCUUGCUCAGGAAUAGAAAUUGUACUACUCCGUACAGGAAACUUCCAAAUUUCUGUACAUUGUGCUGUGAAAAAUCUGAUGAUGAUUUUAAUUUUAAAAUCUUAUAACAUUUUACUUACAUUAAAAGUUGUCUAUCUUUAGUUGAAUAUUUUCUUUUGGAGAGAUUGUAUAUUUUAAAGUACUGUCUAGAGUUUAUGAGCAUAUAUUACACUUAAGAAAAAAGAUAUAGCUUCUGAAAUACCACUGCAGCUGCUUCCCGGCAGCAGUACAAUAAACACGUAGCUGUGAUGUUAA